UAAAUACGAGCAACUUCUCUUAUUUCCAUACAAAACACUAGAGACACUAGAAACCAAAGCAAGGCUCUAUUUCUAAUAAUUAGGUUCUUAGACAUGGCCAUUUCUAAGGCUUUGAUUGCCUCACUUCUCAUCUCUCUUUUCCUUAUCCAACUGGUUGAAGCUGAUCAACUGGUGACAAGUGGCAGCAAUGAAACCGGUGCCCCAAAGAAAAUUGACUGUAGUGGAGCCUGUGCAUCCAGGUGCCGAUUAUCAUCUAGGCAACGCCUAUGCAAGAGGGCAUGCGGGACAUGUUGCGCACGCUGCAACUGUGUUCCUCCAGGAACUGCCGGUAACCAAGAAAUGUGCCCAUGCUAUGCUAGCUUGACCACCCACGGUGGCAGACGCAAGUGCCCUUGAGACAUUGAACGUGAAACGAAUCUCUCCCUUGAUGAUAAUUAAUGAGUAGUCGUCUGGUGAAAUAAAUUAAUAAUGGUGUAAGAAUAAAUAAAAGAAUGUCCUAUGUAAAGCAAAAUCUUGUUCUUCUUUCUUUUUUUUUUGGGCGCGAUAUUAUUAUAUUUAUUGUAUUGAGUAUGAAUAAAGAAGUUUGUUUGUAUAAUA